AUGGUCUACCACGGGCCUUCGAAAGGAUGUCUGACCUGCCAGAGUCGGCGAAAGAAGACCUGUCAACGAUGCCAAAAGUCCAAACGAGCCUGUAGCGGCUAUCUCGAACACCCUAGCGAAACUUUCUUUCUCUCCCCGUUCACGCCCGCCUUCCCCUCUUCCUCCCUCGCCCGGAAGUGCACCCUCCCGGUAGCCACAGACGCCCAACUCCAAGAGGAUGUGAUCCCCCGCGAAGCGACCGAUACGAUAAUCGACGAGGUCGCCCUUCGAUCUUUCGUGUAUGAGUUCUGUCUCCCAGCAGCAGAGGGCAUUGGCCCUGGGGGAUUUCUUGCUGGGUUGGAGGCGAUCUUGCUCCGGCAACCGCUGGAUUCGAUCCUUGUGAGAGCUUGCCAGGCUCUCUCACAUGGACUUACCGGGCGGCAGAAGAAUCGGGCGUUGGUCACGAAGAGAGGGCAGUGGCGUUAUGAGCAAGUGGUCAGUAGGUUCGCCAGAGAGAUUGCUGGGCCGGGGUUCGCAUUUACUGUCGAGGCAGUGCUGACAGCGAUGCUGUUGGGGCUUUAUGAGGUUGUGGUUGCUGAUGGCAAGUCGACGAGCACCCUCCACGAUCAUGUGCAGGGAAUGAUGGCUAUCCUUCACCCUAGCAAAGCGCCCCGCGAUAUUGCUAGUCUUCUACGACUUGGCGCAACUGGACAGCACAGAACUGACUCCACGACUGAGCUCCUGGACGUCGCCAGCUCUGUCGAGGCGUUGCGUCUCCGACUAAACCAUGUUCGCCUCGCUGGAUCCUCGUCGGCUGAGCAGCUGCUUCUCAUCCGAGAAGGAGCAAUGUCCUUGAGCCAGGGAUUGCAGACCUGGCAAAGCCGCCAGCCCGAGCUAUACAGACCUAGAAGCAUAGGCCAAAUCUCGCCAUCCUCACUCCUUUGCAGUGACGAUCCCCCUAUAGGUCUCUGGCCAGGCUCAGUCGACACCUACUUUGACCUGGCUGUGGCAGAAGCCUGGAACACCUAUCGCGUGGCGCAAUACUUGAUGUACGUGGUCUCUCAGAAGGCAAAGGACUACAGCCGUCGCUGUUUGGAAUGGCUUGGAGAACAUAUGGGCAUUGGCCAAGCCGAAGUCGUUGCAAAGAGUCAGGACUAUGGAUCGACGUCGCAGGACUUGGAAGAUGUUCGCAUGCUCGUCACUAUAGGGCUACUCAUAUGA